AUGCCAUCUGAUGUGAUGGAUCCAACAACGGGCCCGGAAUCGGAAUCGCCAACACAAGAUACCGACGAUACAAUCACCGUUUCGGCUGCGAGUCGUCCCGCGAAGCGCAAAAGAGUUGCAUUGGCAUGCGAUAAUUGCAGGGAGCGCAAGAUCAAGUGCGAUGGCUCUAAGCCUAUCUGUGGUCCAUGCAGCAAGCGUGGAGAGCCUCAGGCGAUACCCGCAGGACAGGGGUCUCUAUUGCAGGUGCCGAAGCAGAAUACCCAAGCGGACACCUUUUUUGGUCAAUCGUCGGUCCACUCUUUGCUCCGAGAGGUUUCCCACCCACAAUCUCAAUCUCACAAGGUUACCCCACAACGCCAUCAUAGCCAGGCAUCCAUGGAUAUUACAACAUCAGCGUCAUGUUUCUCCACAGCGACAUUAUCUUCGCCCGAUUAUGCUCUUCCCCCACGCCAAGUCGCCGACACAAUCCUUGGUCUUUACUUUAACAGUGUCCAUAUCUUCUAUCCUUGGACGCACUCGACUAGUUUUAAAAACCGCUACGAAUCAUUAUGGGCCCCAACCGGUGACCCUAAACCUCAGACGGGUCAAGGCCAGGGCCCAUUAAACGACAUCGGCCUAGGAGGCGAACAUUGCUCCGCGUCGUCUUUCUUCUGCGCCCUCAACGCUAUGUUUGCCCUUGGUUGUGAGUUUUCUGAUUUUUCUAAUAAGGACUCGGCAUCGGCCAUGUUCAGCUUGCGCAUGAAGAAUCUACUGCAAAUAGAUGUCCUGGACAAAGGCGACUUAUCACAUAUCCAGGCUUUACUGCUUGCGGCUCAAUUUGCAAUAUCGAGCGAGUACCCUAUACGAUGCUAUAACAUGGUUGGGCUGGCUUGCCGGAUCGCUGUGGGUUUAGACCUGCACACUGAAAGACAUGCAGAACGACGAUCGGCCCUUGAGAACGAAGUGCGUCGAAGGGUUUGGUACGGGUGUUUGCAAAUGGAAAUGACUGUCUGCAUGACGCUGGGCAGGCCCCCAAUCUUGAACAUGACAGACGAUGUCUUCAUUCCAUCUGCGGUGGAUGAUGACUUUAUAAGUACUGAGACAUCAUCCUGCGUCCAGCCCGAAGGUACCAUAUCUCAAAAUCUGUUCAUGGUAGAGAACAUUCGACUGGCCAAGGUCCUCGGCAAGAUAUUGUCUUCAAUAUACUGGCAAGGCUCACCGUCCGAUUUUAGUACCCUUGUCCGUCUGGAAGGUGUCCUUGAAGACUUUAGGGAAUCUCUGGUAGACGUUCUCCGAUGGUGGGGCCGUGUAUCAGAGUCGGAAGGCGCGCUCACUGAUAGAGAUCAUGUCCUUAAACGCCAACGUAACGUUCUUCAUGCUCGAUUUCUUCAUCUCAGAAUCUUGCUCUACCGACCCAGCUUCAGUGCUUACUGCGCCGAAACGAGACGCUUGUACUUGAGGCGUGAGACAGGAGAGGGAUCAGGUUCAGUGGAUCAUGACUCCGAAGCUAAAACGUUGCAGGCAGCAUUUCAGGCUCAGUGCGCUACAACAUGUGCAAGAGUCGCUUACGAGCUGUCAGUCUCCCUGUUAGCUGCGAGACAGGACAAUGCUACUGGUGCAUGGUGGUUUAGUCUAUUUUAUCUUAUGACCUGCGGCGGGAUAGUUAUCCUUGCGGAACGCGCACAGGCUGCUGGCAGCAAACAUUUUAACCAAGCGCAACUAGAUGCAACCUGGGAGAACAUCACCGUGCUACUGCGCCUGAUUGAGAGAGAAAAUGCCCGCGCACAAUGUUACCUGAACCAGUUAAUCCAGUUGAAGGAGCAAGCCCGUUCCGCAUAUUUCUGUAAGCGAGAUUUUGCCCUUGCUCUUGUGGCUUCCAAAUCGACUCACAGUCUAUGUACUACAGCUCGCAACUCAGAAGAUGUAAUACGAAUGACUUCUUGCCGGCCGUCUAUUAGUCCUGAAGAUUCUCAUAACAGAAAUUCAAAUAGCACUUUCAGUCCUUCCAUGGAUGACCAAGCCAUGCAAGGAGAGCUCUUCACAUUACUUUUCCAAGACGAUUGGGGCUGGAACGUCGAUGGUAAUAUGCCUACAUAUGGUGGCUUUACCUUUGGUAAUGAAUUUGCUUUUCUACCGCCUAGUUAG